AUGGCACAAGAGCGGUUCCAUACUCAGAAUAAAUCACCGGCUCUGGCUUUCCUUCUCAGGCACUCCGGACCUGUGAUGGUUCACAUCUUCCAUGGUAGCUUUUCCUGUCUCCUAAAACUUUCCCUUAAACUUUCCACUUAUUUUUACAGGAUUGUUACCUUACCAGGAGAUAUCUGCAUUGUUUGCAUCGUCGCAUCCAAUCCUUUUGGAGUGUCUGGCAUCCGACAUUCGCUUCAUAUGGCUGGAAGGAGUAUGACAAGUAGGUCAUGCAAUCACCAGCCCUGCCAUCAGAUACGGUCCAGCCCAGCCUUGUCUCCUGCUGCCCGCGGCCCAGUCAUCAGCACGAUGAAGGCUACCAUUUCUCCAAUCUCCCAAGGUUUGAACAUGGACGUUCCACCAGCUUCCGGCCUUCUCCAGAUGAGUGCCGGUGCCGCUUUGACUUGGAGAAGGCGGAGAGUGACAUUCUCAUCGUCCCUCCCUGGAAGGUUCUCGCUGCCAGGUUGA